UGACAUGGUCAUAGUCAGGGAGAAGAAGAUCAGAAAGAUUUGAGCAGAAAUCUCUAGUGUUUCUAGCAAACCUUUAGAAGAAGGUUUACCUUUGUUUGGGAUGGGUCAACAAGCAAUAGGCUAUAUUUUAUAUGGCUUACAGUACUUAUAAAAUGUUCAAUGAUAGUUAUUUAGCUUGUUAUUUGUAAUAUAAUGUCGCCUUUAUAAGUACGAGAUAUAGGAAAUUAGUGCUGAAAUGCGCCCCCUUUGGCCGCUCAAAGCACCCAUACUUUAACACCAAAGACAGACGCGGGUUUGACAGCAGUACGUCAGCGUCCACUUUAACCACAGCGCGGGGACAGAUAAAAACAAUGGAUCCGUCAGUCCUUUGCCUGCACCUCUUUAUCAAACCAAGAUGAAAAAGUUGCUUUUAUUGCUUCUCCUCUGCCAUUUUUCAUCUCCAGUGAAACACAGCCUGAAAUUUUUCUUGACUGCAUCUUCUGGAGUCCCGGACUUCCCAGAGUUUGUGGAUGUAGUAUUGCUUGAUGAAUUUCUGGUUGGUUACUGCGACACCGAAAAAAAAAUAGUGGAACCAAAACAGGUGUGGGCCAAAGAUAUUUUAGAAAAAAAUCCCCAGGACCUGCAGUGUUACACUGACCAGUGUCUUGUGAUUCAGCCAAACCGCUUCAGAGCCAAGUUACAGGACCUAAAGCAGCGCUUCAACCAAACUGGAGAUAAGCACAUUUUACAGAGGAUUAUGGGCUGUGAGUGGGAUGAAGAGACUGGUGAGAUUAAUGGUUUUGACCAGUUUGGUUAUGAUGGAGAAGACCUCGUAUCAUUUUACCUGAAGACUCUGACAUGGAUCGCUCCGAAACCACAGGCAGUCAUCAUCAAAGUGAUUUGGGAUGCUAAUAAAGCUAGAAUAAAAAACACUGAAAAAGACCUCACCCAGGUUUACCCUGAGUUGCUUAAGAAGUAUGUUGCCUUUGCCAAAGACUUUCUGCAGAGAACAGAGCAUCCCUCAGUGUCUCUCCUCCAGAAGUCUUCCUCCUCUCCGGUCAGCUGCCACGCCACAGGUUUCUUCCCCAACAGUGCCAUGAUGUUCUGGAGGAAAGAUGGAGAGGAGCUUCAUGAGGGCGUGGACCCCGGAGAGGUCCUCCCCAACCACGAUGGGACCUUCCAGAUGAGCAGUGAUUUGGACGUUUCAUCGGUCGCACCUGAAGACUGGGACAAGUACGAGUGUGUGUUUCAUCUUUCUGAUGUGAUGGAGGACAUCGUCACUAAACUGGACAAAGCAGUGAUCAGGACCAACUGGGAGAAACCUGGUAACAUGAUCAUCACCAUCACUGCCGCAGUGGCUGUUCUUGCUCUCGUCUUAAUCUUUGCCGCUGGAUUCAUCAUUAACAAAAGGAAGACAGCCAAAUGUCCUCCACCCCCUUCUGACAACAGCUCCGACCUUUCUAGAAGACUCUGUCCAGAAGAGACAUGAUUGACAAACAUCAUUAACUUUCUUACUUGUGAUGAGAAGUAAACAUUUUGCUUUUUUCUUUUUGUAUGUGUCACGUGUGCCACAUAGCACUCAGAAAGACUUCAGAUGACUUCCUGCAGUAAAAUGAAGUAACAGUUAUAGUGCUUGAUUAUUUAAUAUCAGUAUUUUAAAUAUAGCAU